GAGUUUAAAACAGCCAUUAAGUACCAUCAACAAUGUCUAGAAAUUGUUAAAGAAGUGGGAGACAAGGCCGGAGAGGGAAGAAGUUAUGGCAAUCUCGGCAACGCUUAUCGAUGCCUAGGAGAGUUCAAAACAGCCAUCAAGUACCAUCAACGUCAUCUAGAAAUUGCUAAAGAAGUGGGAGACAAGGCCGGAGAGGGAAGAAGUUAUGGAAAUCUCGGCAACGCUUAUCACAGUCUAGGAGAGUUCAAAACAGCCAUCAAGUACCAUCAACGUCAUCUAGAAAUUGCUAAAGAAGUAGGAGACAAGGCCGGAGAGGGAGCAAGUUAUGGCAAUCUCGGCAACGCUUAUGAAAGUCUAGGAGAGUUUAAAACAGCCAUUAAGUACCAUCAACAAUGUCUAGAAAUUGUUAAAGAAGUGGGAGACAAGGCCGGAGAGGGAAUCAGUUAUGGCAAUCUCGGCAACGCUUAUCGAUGUCUAGGAGAGUUCAAAACAGCCAUCAAGUACCAUCAACGUCAUCUAGAAAUUGCUAAAGAAGUGGGAGACAAGGCCGGAGAGGGAGCAAGUUAUGGCAGUCUCGGCAACGCUUAUCACAGUCUAGGAGAGUUCAAAACAGCCAUCAAGUACCAUCAACGUCAUCAAGAAAUUGCUAAAGAAGUGGGAGACAAGGCCGGAGAGGGAAGAAGUUAUGGCAAUCUCGGCAACGCUUAUCGAUGUCUAGGAGAGUUCAAAACAGCCAUCAAGUACCAUCAACGUCAUCUAGAAAUUGCUAAAGAAGUGGGAGACAAGGCCGGAGAGGGAAUCAGUUAUGGCAGUCUCGGCAACGCUUAUCACCGUCUAGGAGAGUUCAAAACAGCCAUCAAGUACCAUCAACGUCAUCAAGAAAUUGCUAAAGAAGUGGGAGACAAGGCCGGAGAGGGAGCAAGUUAUGGCAAUCUCGGCAACGCUUAUGACAGUCUAGGAGAGUUCAAAACAGCCAUCAAGUACCAUCAACGUCAUCUAGAAAUUGCUAAAGAAGUAGGAGACAAGGCCGGAGAGGGAGCAAGUUAUGGCAAUCUCGGCAACGCUUAUGAAAGUUUAGGAGAGUUUAAAACAGCCAUUAAGUACCAUCAACAAUGUCUAGAAAUUGUUAAAGAAGUGGGAGACAAGGCCGGAGAGGGAAGAAGUUAUGGCAAUCUCGGCAACGCUUAUCGAUGCCUAGGAGAGUUUAAAACAGCCAUUAAGUACCAUCAACAAUGUCUAGAAAUUGUUAAAGAAGUGGGAGACAAGGCCGGAGAGGGAAGAAGUUAUGGCAAUCUCGGCAACGCUUAUCGAUGUCUAGGAGAGUUCAAAACAGCCAUCAAGUACCAUCAACGUCAUCUAGAAAUUGCUAAAGAAGUGGGAGACAAGGCCGGAGAGGGAAGAAGUUAUGGCAAUCUCGGCAACGCUUAUGACAGUCUAGGAGAGUUCAAAACAGCCAUCAAGUACCAUCAACGUCAUCUAGAAAUUGCUAAAGAAGUGGGAGAGAAGGCCGGAGAGGGAGCAAGUUAUGGCAAUCUCGGCAACGCUUAUGAAAGUCUAGGAGAGUUUAAAACAGCCAUCAAGUACCAUCAACAAUGUCUAGAAAUUGCUAAAGAAGUGGGAGACAAGGCCGGAGAGGGAAGAAGUUAUGGCAAUCUCGGCAACGCUUAUCGAUGUCUAGGAGAGUUCAAAACAGCCAUCAAGUACCAUCAACGUGAUCUAGAAAUUGCUAAAGAAGUGGGAGACAAGGCCGGAGAGGGAGCAAGUUAUGCCAAUCUCGGCAACGCUUAUCGAAGUCUAGGAGAGUUCAAAACAGCCAUCAAGUACCAUCAACGUCAUUUAGAAAUUGCUAAAGAAGUGGGAGACAAGGCCGGAGAGGGAAGAAGUUAUGGCCAUCUCGGCAACGCUUAUCACUGUCUAGGAGAGUUCAAAACAGCCAUCAAGUACCAUCAACGUCAUCUAGAAAUUGCUAAAGAAGUGGGAGACAAGGCCGGAGAGGGAAUCAGUUAUGGCAGUCUCGGCAACGCUUAUCACCGUCUAGGAGAGUUCAAAACAGCCAUCAAGUACCAUCAACGUCAUCAAGAAAUUGCUAAAGAAGUGGGAGACAAGGCCGGAGAGGGAGCAAGUUAUGGAAAUCUCGGCAACGCUUAUGACAGUCUAGGAGAGUUCAAAACAGCCAUCAAGUACCAUCAACGUCAUCUAGAAAUUGCUAAAGAAGUAGGAGACAAGGCCGGAGAGGGAGCAAGUUAUGGCAAUCUCGGCAACGCUUAUGAAAGUCUAGGAGAGUUUAAAACAGCCAUUAAGUACCAUCAACAAUGUCUAGAAAUUGUUAAAGAAGUGGGAGACAAGGCCGGAGAGGGAAGAAGUUAUGGCAAUCUCGGCAACGCUUAUCGAUGUCUAGGAGAGUUCAAAACAGCCAUCAAGUACCAUCAACGUGAUCUAGAAAUUGCUAAAGAAGUGGGAGACAAGGCCGAAGAGGGAAAAAGUUAUGCCAAUCUCGGCAACGCUUAUUACUGUCUAGGAGAGUUCAAAACAGCCAUCAAGUACCAUCAACGUCAUCUAGAAAUUGCUAAAGAAGUGGGAGACAAGGCCGGAGAGGGAAGAAGUUAUUGCCAUCUCGGCAACGCUUAUCACAGUCUAGGAGAGUUCAAAACAGCCAUCAAGUACCAUCAACGUCAUCUAGAAAUUGCUAAAGAAGUGGGAGACAAGGCCAGAGAGGGAAUCAGUUAUGGCAAUCUCGGCAACGCUUAUCUCAGUCUAGGAGAGUUCAAAACAGCCAUCAAGUACCAUCAACGUCAUCUAGAAAUUGCUAAAGAAGUGGGAGACAAGGCCGGAGAGGGAAUCAGUUAUGGCAAUCUCGGCAACGCUUAUCGCAGUCUAGGAGAGUUCAAAACAGCCAUCAAGUACCAUCAACGUGAUCUAGAAAUUGCUAAAGAAGUGGGAGACAAGGCCGGAGAGGGAGCAAGUUAUGGCAAUCUCGGCAACGCUUAUGACAGUCUAGGAGAGUUCAAAACAGCCAUCAAGUACCAUCAACGUCAUCAAGAAAUUGCUAAAGAAGUGGGAGACAAGGCCGGAGAGGGAAGAAGUUAUAACGGUCUCGGCAACGCUUAUCACCGUCUAGGAGAGUUCAAAACAGCCAUCAAGUACCAUCAACGUCAUCAAGAAAUUGCUAAAGAAGUGGGAGACAAGGCCGGAGAGGGAGCAAGUUAUAGCAAUCUCGGCAACGCUUAUGAAAGUCUAGGAGAGUUUAAAACAGCCAUUAAGUACCAUCAACAAUGUCUAGAAAUUGCUAAAGAAGUGGGAGACAAGGCCGGAGAGGGAACAAGUUAUGGCAAUCUCGGCAACGCUUAUCACAGUCUAGGAGAGUUCAAAACAGCCAUCAAGUACCAUCAACGUGAUCUAGAAAUUGCUAAAGAAGUGGGAGACAAGGCCGGAGAGGGAGGAAGUUAUGGCAAUCUCGGCAACGCUUAUCACAGUCUAGGAGAGUUCAAAACAGCCAUCAAGUACCAUCAACGUCAUCUAGAAAUUGCUAAAGAAGUGGGAGACAAGGCCGGAGAGGGAGGAAGUUAUGCCAAUCUCGGCAACGCUUAUGACAGUCUAGGAGAGUUCAAAACAGCCAUCAAGUACCAUCAACGUCAUCUAGAAAUUGCUAAAGAAGUGGGAGACAAGGCCGGAGAGGGAAAAAGUUAUGCCAAUCUUGGCAACGCUUAUCGCAGUCUACGAAAGUUUAAAACAGCCAUCGAGUACCAUCAACGUCAUCUAGAAAUUGCUAAAGAAGUAGGAGAUAAGGCCGGAGAGGGAAGAAGUUAUGGCGGCCUCGGCAACGCUUACCAAGGUCUACGACAGUUCAAAACAGCAAUGGAGUACCAUCAACGUCAUCUAGAAAUUGCUAAAGAAGUGGGAGACCAGGCCGGAGAGGGAGCAAGUUAUGGCAAUCUCGGCAACGCUUAUGGCAGUCUAAGAAAGUUUAAAACAGCCAUCGAGUACCAUCAACGUCAUCUUGAAAUUGCUAAAGAAGUGGGAAAUAAGACCGUAGAAGCGUGCUCACUCUAUUCCCUUGGAAACAAUUUUGAGUGCCAAGGAAAUCUUAUGGUGGCCUUUGACUGUUAUUACUCGAGUGUAGAAUUGUAUGAUGAUAUCAGGGCCAGUCUUCAACUCAACGAUCAGUGGAAGAUUUCUUAUCGUAAUAAGUACCAAGGUGCAUACAAAGGUUUAUGGCGUAUAAAUCUCAAUCGAGGUCAAGCUGUAAAGGCUCUUCUUGCCGCAGAGAAAGGAAGUGCUCAAGCUCUGAGAGAUCUCAUGGACACAAAAUAUUCGCCUGGAGCUUCUUUAACGCACAGCGCACCCCGCAUUUCUCUGAGAUGUGUUCAAUUGAGCACAGUUUUCAUAGCUAUCAAUGGGCCAUGCGUUUACUUCUGGGUUUGCCUUAGUGAAGAUAACAUCCAUACGAGACAGGUACACGUCAACGACUAUAGGUUUGAGCAUGAAUUGAAAUGUUUCAUCCAGCUACUGAACAAAUCUGCUCUUAAGGAGAUCGGUGCAAGAGAUACUGUUGCCAUCGAAAAUCCUCUGCUUGAUUCGCCGACAGAAGAAGAAAUGGCCAAUGGUGUGAUCCAAGUUGAUGUGAGGCACUCCCAAUCAAGUGCUUUAAAUAAGCUGCAUGACAUCAUCGUUUCUCCUAUUGCUGACCUGAUCAAAGGCAACGACGAGAUCACAUUCGUUCCUGAGGGGCCGUUUUGCCUUGUACCUUAUGCAGCAUUGCAGGAGUCGAACUCAUCAUAUUUAUGUGAUUCUUUCAGAAUUCGUGUGCUUCCAUCUCUGACGACGUUGCAACUAAUUCAUGAUUGUCCAGCUGACUUUCACGUGAAGACUGGUGCAUUGCUUGUCGGUGACCCAUGUUUCAAACAUAUCAUCUAUGAGGGAGGACUUUUAGUGCAACUUCCAGGAGCAAGGAAAGAAGUGGAGAUGAUCGGCCGUGUCCUUAAUGUUUGCCCCCUCACUGGAGAAAUGGCAACAAAAGAUGAAGUGUUAAAACGAAUAUCAUCAGUGGCCUUAGUUCACAUAGCAGCGCACGGUAAAAUGGAAACUGGAGAAGUUAUCCUGGCAGCAAACACCACAAGACAAAACCCUCAUCCGCAAGAGAAAGACUAUCUACUGACGAUGAAAGAUGUCAUAGAAGCUGGGUUGCGAGCACGUCUGGUUGUACUUAGCUGCUGUCACACUGCUCGUGGGGAGGUCAUGGCUGAGGGUGUGGUCGGCAUGGCGCGUGCACUUUUGGGUGCCGGUGCUAGAUCUGUUGUGGUAACCUUGUGGGCGAUUGGCGACGAGGGGACCCUGGAGUUCAUGACUUUCUUCUACGAUGCACUUGCCAAAGGCAAGAAGGCAAGUGAAGCUCUCAAUCAGGCCAUGAAGUGUAUGAGAGAAAUUGAAAAGUUCAAGGAGGUGAUUUACUGGGCACCAUUUGUACUCAUUGGUGAUGACGUCAAACUAGAUUUCAAGGAUAUUGGAAGCCGAAACAAGUAA